AUGAGAACUCUUGGAAAGGGUUAUGCUGGUGCAAGGAAAUUCUGCACAAUUAUGAACAUGCCUCCACCUCCAACUGAGAAAGCUUUCCUCAGCAACUCGCGCGUAAUCGGCCGUCACAUGAAAGCGAUUGCGAAGGAAACAAUGAAAAAGGCGGGAGAAGAAGUUUUAUCUCUCAAGAAGGAUGUAAAUUCUUCUGAAGGUCUACCUGUGAACUGUGGUGUUUCUUGUGACGGAACAUGGCAAAAGAGAGGCUACUCGUCACGCAAUGGUUGUGUGACUGUCAUAUCCAUGGACACAGGAAAGGUUCCUGAUGUGGAGGCCCUAAGCCAAGGAUGCAAACAGUGUGAGCGGUAUGAACAAAUGGUCAAGAAUUCUCUCGAAUAUCAGAUGUGGAGAGCUGAUCACACCACUUGCGAGUCAAAUUUCCAGGGAUCAGCACCUGCUAUGGAACCAGAGGGUGCAGAGCGCAUAUUUCAAAGGUCUGUUGAGCUGCACAAUCUCAGGUACACUGAAUUUUAUGGGGAUGGGGACAGCAAGAGUUUUUCCAGGAUAAAGAAUAUUUAUCAAGAUGCUGGAAUUUUAGUGGAAAAGAAAGAAUGCAUUGGUCAUGUGCAGAAGAGGGUUGGAACUGCACUUCGCAAAUUAAAGCGUGACAAUCCAAGCCUUGGAGGCAGAGGGAAACUCACAGAUAGUCUAAUUGAUAAACUGCAGAACUAUUAUGGCAUUGCCAUAAGGUCCAAUGUUGGAAAUUUGGCUGGAAUGAAGAAAGCUAUCCAUGCUAGCCUCAUGCAUUGUGCCUCAAGUGAGGCACGCCCACUUCAUGACCACUGCCCAACAGGUAGUGCAAUUUGA